AUGGAAUCUUUAUCUAAAUAUAAAUUGGUGUUUCUUGGUGAUCAAUCAGUUGGAAAGGUGAGGUGGAUCAUACCUCUAUUAUCACAAGAUUUAUCUGGUCAAGAAAGAUUUAGAUCAUUAAUUCCAUCAUAUAUCAGAGACUCUAGUGUAGCCAUAGUAGUUUAUGAUAUUACAAAUAAAAACUCAUUUUUAAAUACAAUUAAAUGGAUUGAAGACGUAAGAAGUGAAAGAGGAAAUAAUGUAGUUAUAAUGUUGGUUGGAAACAAGACCGAUCUUGCUGAUAAAAGACAAGUGUCAAUAGAAGAGGGUGAAGCAAAAGCAAAAGAAUAUGAAAUUAUGUUUACAGAGACCAGUGCAAAGGCUGGAUUCAAUAUUAAAGCACUCUUUAGAAAGGUUGCAUCUGCUCUCCCAGGCAUUGACACCAAUUCAAUUGCCAAGAGUGCAGAGAUGAAUGAAAUAGAUAUUGCACAAUCAGACAAGAAUAAUAAGGGUGUAACUACUUCAGAAUCGGGUGGAUGUCGUUGUUAA